CAUAAGCGGGAGAAACUUCCCUGUGUCAGUUUCGCUGCCUGGAUAACUGUACCAAGACGGGUGUAUUACUAGUUAAGAUUGUACAAGGAGUAGAGCAACAAAAAAUGAAGGAGUAAGAUGCUGGAGAGAGUGAUUAUAGAGUGAUGGAAGCGCACCUGUUGAGGUUCGUGGAGCGGGUUCGUUGUCUGUCCGACAAUGACAGCAGUGCAGACCAGUUCAUCUCCACAGAGUUCAACCUGAUCCGACAGAAAAGCGCAACCCUGAAAGAAGAUUAUGGCCUGACCACUGCGGUAGGAGAAAUCAAAGAAAAUGCGAAGAAAAACCGAUAUAGGGAUAUUCUGCCCUAUGAUCAGACCAGAGUCUGUCUAGCUCCAACCACAUCUGAAUGUGAGUCUGAUUAUAUUAACGGCAGCUUCAUCAAGGGAGCAGUUAAGAACCGGAUGUAUAUCGCUACCCAGGGCCCUUUGAGCACGACUGUGGUUGAUUUCUGGCGUAUGAUUUGGCAACACAAUGUUAAGGUCAUAAUCAUGGCUUGCAGAGAGAUUGAGAUGGGAAAGAAAAAAUGUGAAGUCUACUGGGAACUGUCUACUGGUCCCUUUGCCGUCUCAACUUUUAAGGAGUCACGGCCGAAUGAGGAAGUCAUUGUUCGGACACUGUCGGUAAAAUAUUGUGAUGAAACCCGUAAAGUGCAUCACUUCCAGUAUACUGCCUGGCCGGACCACGGAAUUCCAGACAUGCCGGAUGGCAUUCUGGGUAUGAUGGAGUUGGCUCGCCAAAAACAGGGCAACCAGACGGACCCUGUAGUGAUCCACUGCAGUGCUGGCUGCGGUAGAACGGGGGUCAUCUGUGCUGUUGACUAUGUCAAUGAUCUACUGCUGACGGAGCGAAUACAGGAGGAUUUUAACAUAUUUGACCUGGUGUUAGAGCUAAGGAGACAGAGAACUUCGGUGGUGCAGACCAAGGAGCAGUAUGCGUUUGUCUUUCAUACGGUUGCUCAGAUGUUUCAGAAGGUCUUGGAGAUGAAAAACAAGAAUACGGAGACUUCAGCCUCUCUGUACGUCAAUGCGGUUCCACCGAAGACUUCGCUGAAAUCAGGAUCAUUAGGCAGCAUCAGCGCACCGCUCAAAACACGAAAUCCGCCUCUCAAGUCUAGGCUUUCUCAUCCUCUUCCUCAGAUCAGGAUGAAUGACACUUACGCGGUCAUCAACAAGUCCAAACUACAGCCUCCUGCUUCUGCCUCUCGUUCCAUCACUGUCCAUCACUAUGACAAUGCAGAUUUAGAGAGAAGCAAGAACAAUGCUGUCUACAGUACAGUCAAACCUAAAAACAGGCCCGUGUCAGUCCUGCCCUCUCCCACCUCGCCGGGUAACGACAUAUCAACGACAGCCAAUCAGAGAGGACUCCCACUGAAAAAGACGGAUCUAUUGUCAGGGGAGUUGAGGUCCAUGAAUCGAGAUUCAGAGCCACACAGCUCUCUUUCACGAUCCCAAAGUGCAACUGAGAGCCUAUCUUCUACAGAUGAUGAUUAUGAAUAUGUGUCUAGUGUCGUCAAGGACACCAGCAGUCCAUUUUCCCCGGGCGGCCUGGGUUUCAACUGCCGCAUAAAGAAACCCAAAGGCCCUCGAGAUCCACCGGCUGAAUGGAGUCGCGCAGAAAGAUGAAACCGCUGAAGGUUUUAGGUUUUAUAUAAAAAUAACUCGGUGUAGCCUGUUUCAGUACUUUACACUGGGUAAUAAGCACUAUUUAUUUUCUUUACUGGGAUUGCUGUUUUAAAUACUGAGGAAAUGCAUGUACAGUAGUGGAGUUUAUUGGUGUAUUUGUGGCAAAGCAGACCUUGCAAGUGCUAUAGGAACUUUUCAGCGCACGCUGAUGCAAGAAUGCAUGCGAUUUUUGUAAUCAUUUUAGUCGACUUACGUUAUUUUUUUAUAUGCCGAUCUCUCCUAAUGUUGUUUACAGUGUAAAUGUGAAUCAUGAUCUGUUCUAAUGUAUUCAUCUGACACCGGUAAGUUGCAGUUUAGUUUCAGUACGUGUUUAUUUUGUACUUAUUUUGGUUUUUAUAUCACAUUAAAACAUUUUACGUCAAACCGAA